AUGGCGCAAGUGCGCAAGUAUGCUGCCCUGCCCGACCUGUCUCCAGACACAUACGAGACACCAGACUUGACCGACGACGCAUCCACAUUACCGACAUCAACAGCAUGGUCAGAGACGUCCGACACAGAAGCAAACCCCAACAUCAGCCGAACCAAACUCCAACCUGACGAAGCGCGAUCUCAAUUCCAGUCUUCACGAGUCGAUGCACGGGAAACGGACUUCUCGGACCGUGUAAACAGCAAGAGAAGGGCAUAUGUCGUGAGCAAUAGGGAACAGGGCCAGGAUGGCGAGGACUAUGACAGCGAAGACGAAAACGAGAGUUUGCAAAGGAAGCUGGCAAGGUUAAAUAGGGAGAUGCAAGAGGUGCAAAACGAGCUGGACAAGAGGAAGAGCGAGGCAAAUGGGACACAGACACAUCCUGAGGACGAGGAUGUUGCUGCACAACUGGCUCAAUUGAGUACAGCACUGGACGGUAUGCGCCAAUCGCAAUCUGCACAAGCUCGUUUGAGCAAGCAAUUGGCAACCUCGACACCAGCAAAGGCAGAUGCUUUGACAGUGCCAGAGUCAACCCGUCCUGAAAAGGUCACCAGAGAGACGACCGACACACAGGCGCUGAACAAGGUCGCCGAUUUCGAUGCUCGUCUCGCACUCCUUGAACGCCGGCUCGGCAUCACAUCCCUCGAUGCUCCUGAAGCUUCUACAGCAAACUCAACUUUCACACCCAUCAUACCCACACUAUCAUUGCUAGACCGACAAUUAUCCCUCCUCACCUCCUCAUCCUCCCAAUCUCAUAUCGAUACUUUGGCCCAAAAGCUUCAGCAACAGCAACAAGCUGCCCCUACGAACACCGCCACAGACACCAACCAAAACUCACAAUCUCCAGAAGACAUGGCAAAACUGCGCGCACUUUAUGCGCUUCUACCCACCCUUACCUCCCUAAGUCCCACACUACCUUCUCUGUUGACCCGUCUACGGUCUUUGCGAACCCUACACGCCAAUGCCGUAACAGCAAGCCAAACCUUGGACGAGGUGGAACAGAGACAAGACGAAGCGGACAAGGAGAUUCGCGAAUGGCGAGACGGCCUUAAGAAGGUGGAGGAAGCCGUUGCUAGGGCCGAGAGCGGUAUGCUCGAAAACAGCGCCGCAGUCGAGACUUGGGUCAAAGAGUUGGAGGAGAGAGUAAAGAAGCUUGGGUAG